AUUUGAAAAAAAAGUGGAAGUGUCACCUUCUUGAGGAUUCCUUUCAUUCCUAACUUCAUUUAGUACCUCUUGGUGUAAAGAAGAGAAGAAUUGGAAGCUUGUACUAAUGACUGAUAGUGAUCUGGGUGCUACUGUAUCCCAGGAUGGUCUCUCACCUCAGGACUUUGCUGGAAGCAGUAAGCCUGGAGCUGGACCAGGCCCUGGUGGAGCUAGGAAAGGUCACAGAAAGUCCUUAGUUCAAGCUAAUAUGGCUGAAUCUAUGAAACUGAAGCUCCUCCGAGCUAAAGCAUUGAGAGAUGGACAGAGAGAAAGGCUGGACAGCAGACACAAGUACAUGCUGGAGUUUGUCUCUGAUCGUUUGAAGCUUGAGCAGCCCGCUGUUGAAGACUUUAUGCUUGAUGGGGACCAGCUGGACCUCUUUGAUGAGUUUUUUGCUGUUAAUGGUCGUAAAGCAAUAUUGUUCUUUUAUCAAGAAGCAGACACCCCCAUAUCUAAUGAGUUGUUGCAGUUUGGUGUUAGUCAGUCUGUUGGCAAGGAGAGAGUGAAGCGUGUUCUUGCUACUGACGGUAGCACUGAUCCCAUUGAUGGUCCCUGUGUAUUCUUCCUGAGGCCUAACAUCAGGAAAGCCAUUACCACCUCAAACAUAUCUGAUGAGAUAUGUGGUGGUUAUUUUGACAUUAGUAAGAAUCAGACUAUCCUCCAGGUCAUUCAGGAUUAUUUAAACAAAGUGAUGGUUCCUUAUCUGACUGCUAAACAAAAGUGGGGGAACCUCUCCCAGCAACAGAUUGCAGAGUUCUUUGCUAUACUCCAAUCAUUCAGUCUAUUCCUUAACAGUGCACAGAAGAGUAUCAAUGAUGCUGUUCACUUAUCAAUGGACACUUCAGUUGAUUUGAGUUCACUCUCAACCUCUGAAGGAUGCAUCAGUGCCUCUAAGAAUCCUGACACUGUGACUGGACUGGAGUCAUUAGUGUCAGUAUGGUGUCAGCAAGUGGAGGAUGUACUAGCACAAGGGUCACAGAUUAGGAAAGAAGCUGAUGAUACAGGGCCUCUGGCUGAGUUAGAGUAUUGGAGGCAGAGAACGUCAAAGUUCUCAUACCUAGUGGAUCAGAUAAAGUCCCAGCCUUGCAGAGGAGUGGUGACUACACUCGGGGCAGCUAAAUCAAGAGCUUUAAAAGACUGGAGGGAGCUUGAUAUGCAGGUUACUGAUGCAACCAAUGAAGCUAAGGAUAAUCUAAAGUAUCUCAAUACUUUGGAGAAUUUCUGCAAACCACUCUACCGUUGUGACCCUGUGUCCAUGCUGGAUGCACUACCAUCUCUCAUUAACACAAUACAAAUGAUCCACUGUGUAUCAAGAUACUACCACACAUCAGAAAGAAUGACAUCAUUGUUUGUUAAGGUCACUAAUCAGAUGGUCUCUGCCUGCAAGUCCUACAUCACUGAUAAUGACAUGUUCAGGGUAUGGGACGUUGAGCCUCAUGUCCUGGUUAAUCGGUUUGAUGACUGUACUAAACUCUACAAGCACUACCAGGACUGCUUCCAACAGGCCAAGGACAGGGCAGAUAAAUCAAAGAGACUCUUUGAAGUCUCUGAAAUGUACGUCUUUGGAAAGUUCUCGUCUUUUUGUCGUCGGCUGAAGCAAAUUGGAGACAUUGUAGAGCUAAUGAGACAGUUCAGUGUCCUGAAGCACUCUCGCAUUGAGGGGAUUGAUGUGUAUGCUACAAGGUUCUCUCACAUCAUCUCCUCCAUCAAGAAGAAGGUGUACAACCCACUGGACCACAGGAAGAUGGAGUUUGUCUCUGACUAUGAAGACUUUCAGAGACAAAUAUCAGAACUAGAGGACACACUAGUGGCCUUCAUGGGGACGACCUUCUCUCAAGUACAAUCAACACUCCAAUCACUCAAACUGAUCAAAAGGUUUCAUUCAAUGAAUCUCAAUUGUUUGCGUGAGCCGAUUAAAGAGAAGCUAGCUGAUAUUGUCACUGACUUUCAUAAAGACAUUGAAGGAGCACAAACUGCUUACACUAAUAAUUACAAGAACCCGGUUAUUGAUCACAACAUGCCUCCUAUAUCAGGAAGGAUCCACUGGGCCAGACAGAUACUCUUUCACUUAGAGCAGCCAAUGGAAAUACUCAAAGAAUACCAGUCCAUCAUACAGGGAUUCACUAACACUAAACUACUGUAUAAGAAAUAUAACAAGACAGCACUAGUACUGACUGAGUAUGAACUGACCUAUCAUAAGGCAUGGAUCAAGUACAUUAAUGAAGGACAGAAACACUUACAGAGUACAGUAUUGAAGAGGAGAGAGGGCCAGUGGUAUGUUAAUAUCCACUCCUCCAUACCCACCAUGCUUGAAGAGGCCAAGUGGAUGCAGAGACUAGGACUUUAUGUACCAGACACUGUCCACCAGCUGUCAGUAGCUAAUGUGAGGUCUAACUAUGACCAAUUGAAGUUAUUAUUAGAGGAAAGGUCAGAACUAUGUCAAAAGAUCCCUGAUAUAUUCACUGGAAUAUUCCAAUUCCACAUUAGAAAGCUUGAUAUAGUCCUCAAUCCUGGUAUCACUCACAUCACUUGGAUAUCCAUUAAUCUUAAACCAUACAUUGAUACUGCCUUCACUGCAUUAAGGGAAUUUGAAAGAUUUCAAAAGAAGGUCCUUGAUAUGUAUGAGUAUCAGAUCCUGGCAGUGUUUGAUUCAAUGAGCAAUACUUCAUUAUUGAACCUCUCUCCGUCAGAGACAGUCUCCACUGAUCAGUUCAUAUCCAGUGCCAAGGCGACCAGCAAAGAGAGAGGAUCCUUCCUUCAGAACUGCAGCUCUAAGAUUGAAUGCUCAGUACAGGAGCUGCUGGUAUUGCUACAAGAUAACGCUCUCCUCCCUACCCCUAAUGAGGCAGACACCACUGCUGUAGCUCAGGCUAAGAAAGAUGAUUUGGAACACUUCAGGAAUGAGUCUGAGGAUUUAUAUAUUCAUUUUCAAAAUCGUAAUCUUGAUGCUAUCAUCUCAUCAGUGAAAGGAUCCAUUGAUCAACUAAGAAGAAGAGUAACUGCUAGUGGCUCUAAUGCUAGAGGUAUAGACACUUCAAGAUUUGUACCUUGUUUUGCUGCUGAUGUAGUACUAUCAAUACCCAAUAUUGUGAUCCAGCCUUCCCUAGAGGACAUACAGAAUGCAGUGAAUACAUCAGUUCAGUGUGUGACUGAUAUUGGACAAUACAUUCAGCUGUGGACACUGGCCAGUCCUGCAUCAUCUCUUAAUAACACACCACGGAGUGAAGAAACUCCUCAUAAGAACAUUCGUGGUUCUACUCAUGGUUCAACUUACUUCCGGUCCAUUCAUGAGAGUAAAGAUGUACUGAAGGUGAUUCACAUGCUCUCAUCAGUAGUGGUCUCCUGCAGACAUGAACUAGCUAAAAUAUUGGCCCAGUUCACUAAGUAUGAUCACUUGUACACUCAAGAGCAGUCCAAAGUGAUUGCUGAUUUCCUCACUGCCAGUAAGCACCUCUCAGACUUUGAGGGAGAGAUCAGUCAUUAUGAUAGACUGGAGGCAGAGGAGAUUGGAUCACUACCUCAACAACUGGCAAUAGGACACACCAUACUACUCUCCACUGAUCCAUUGAGAUUAUCAUUAACAGUUGAGACUAGAGCAUGGAAAGCAGCUUAUGGUCGGAGUAUGAAUGAGAGAUACAGAUCAAGCAUGGACCAUAUUGUAACCUUUGUAUCAGACUACAGCAAGAGACUGAGCAGACCUAUCAAAGAUCUUGAAGAUGUUAGGAUGAUGAUGGCUUGUCUAGAGGAGGUCCGUGAUGCCCAGAUUGGUAUUGACAUGGAACUCUCUCCCAUUGAAGACUCUUAUGCCUUCCUCCACAAGUGUGGAGUGACUGUAGCUAAGGAAGAGGUGGAGAGAGUUGACUCAUUGAGAUACUCUUUUAAAAGAUUAUUGAGUCAAGCAAGUAAAGUCCAGUUGGAGCUGGUAGAGAUACAGCCUCAGUUCAAGACUAACCUGCUGGAGAGUGUGGAGACAUACAGGACCAACCUGACAUCAUUUGCAGCCAAUUAUAAAUCAUCUGGCCCAAUGGUGUCUGGGUUGCACCCAAGAGAAGCUAGUGAAAGACUCACCACAUUCCAGGGUCAGUUUGAUGAGCUCUGGUCAAAGUACCUCACGUACUCCGGAGGAGAGAAGCUCUUUGGUAUGUCAGUAACUGACUAUCCUGAACUGCAGAAUGUGAGGAAGGAACUGGGUCUGCUCCAGAAACUGUAUGGACUGUAUAACACAGUCAUUGAUACUGUUGACAGCUAUUAUGAUCUACUGUGGACUGAGGUUGAUAUUGAGAAGAUUAAUAAUGAGUUGAUUGAGUUUCAGAACCGCUGUCGUAAACUGCCCAAGGGACUGAAGGAGUGGCAGGCUUUCAAUGACUUGAGGAAGAAGAUUGAUGACUUUAACGAGACCUGCCCACUACUGGAACUGAUGUCUAACAAAGCAAUGAAAGAGAGGCACUGGGGAAGAAUAUCAACACUUACUGGUCAUUCUUUUGAUGUGCAGUCUGAGAACUUUCAAUUGCGGCACAUUAUGGAGGCCCCACUGCUGCAGAAUAAAGAUGAUAUUGAAGACAUCUGUAUAUCAGCUGUGAAGGAGAAGGACAUUGAAGCAAAACUAAAACAAGUUGUCACUGAUUGGAGUGUACAAAGUUUAAGUUUUUCAGAGUUCAAGACGAGAGGAGAAUUAUUACUGAAAGGAAAUGAAACCAGUGAAAUAGUUGGACUAAUGGAGGACUCCCUAAUGGUCCUUGGGUCUUUAAUGUCCAACAGAUACAAUGCUCCUUUUAAGAAAGAGAUUGCUCUCUGGGUACAGAAACUGUCCAACACUUCAGACAUCAUUGAGAACUGGUUGACCGUACAGAACCUCUGGGUCUACCUGGAGGCUGUCUUUGUAGGAGGAGACAUUGCAAAACAACUACCUAAAGAAGCUAAAAGGUUUCAGAACAUAGACAAGUCCUGGGUUAAGAUAAUGACUAAAGCUCAUGAGACUCCUAAUGUGGUCCAGUGCUGUGUGGGGGAUGAGACACUGGGACAACUACUCCCUCACCUCCUGGAGCAACUGGAGCUCUGCCAGAAAUCAUUGACUGGUUACCUUGAGAAGAAGAGGCUGGUCUUCCCUCGGUUCUUCUUUGUGUCUGACCCAGCACUACUGGAGAUACUGGGACAAGCUUCAGACUCACACACUAUACAGGCUCAUUUGCUGGGAGUGUUUGACAAUGUGAAGAGUGUAGUGUUCCAUGAGAAGGACUAUGACAGGAUACUGGCCAUCAGUUCAAGAGAGAGUGAGACCAUUCAACUAGAGAAUGCAGUAAUGGCACAGGGCAAUGUUGAGGUCUGGCUGGGACAACUACUCAAUGAAGCAAUGUCUUCUCUUCAUGGAGUCAUCAGAGAUGCAUCAAGAGCUAUUGGAUCAUCAUCUUUUGAACUAUUAGAGUUCAUUAACAGUUUCCCUGCUCAAGUUGGUCUCCUCGGUAUUCAGAUGAUGUGGACGAGGGACUCUGAGGUGGCACUGAGAGGAGCUAGGUCAGACAAGAAGAUAAUGACUGCUACUAACGCCUUCUUCCUUGAAAUGCUCAACAAACUGAUUGAAGUGACUACAAGAGAUCUAACUAAAUUUGACAGAAUCAAGUUUGAGACUUUAAUCACAAUUCACGUACACCAAAGAGAUAUAUUCAAUGAUCUGGUGCGUAUGUUUGUUAAAUCAGUGAAUGAUUUUGAGUGGCUAAAGCAGAGCAGGUUUUAUUUCAAUGAGGACACUGAUGAGACCAUCAUAUCAAUAACUGACGUUAACUUUAAGUACCAGAAUGAGUUCCUAGGCUGCACUGAUAGACUGGUCAUCACUCCAUUGACUGACAGGUGUUAUAUAACACUAGCACAAGCACUGGGAAUGUCUAUGGGAGGAGCCCCUGCUGGACCUGCAGGUACUGGUAAGACUGAGACUACAAAGGAUAUGGGUAAAGCCCUGGGGAAGUAUGUGGUUGUGUUCAAUUGUUCGGAUCAAAUGGACUUUAGAGGAUUAGGACGAAUAUACAAAGGAUUGGCCCAGUCUGGCUCCUGGGGCUGCUUUGAUGAGUUCAAUAGAAUAGAACUACCAGUACUGUCAGUAGCAGCUCAACAGAUAUACAUUGUACUCACCUGUAAGAAGGAAAGGAAGGCACAGUUUAUAUUCACUGAUGGAGAUGUGGUUGAUAUGAACCCUGAGUUUGGUAUCUUCCUGACAAUGAACCCGGGCUAUGCUGGGAGACAAGAGCUGCCUGAAAAUCUCAAGAUACAGUUCCGUACUGUAGCCAUGAUGGUACCUGACAGACAGAUCAUAAUGAGAGUCAAACUGGCCUCCUGUGGCUUUAUUGAGAAUAUCAUUUUAGCACAAAAGUUCUUCACUUUAUACAAACUGUGUGAGGAGCAGCUCACAAAGCAGGUCCAUUAUGACUUUGGACUGAGGAACAUUCUCUCAGUAUUGAGAACCCUUGGAUCAGUAAAGAGGGCUAACCCACAGGACAGUGAGAGCACCAUUGUGAUGAGAGUACUGAGAGACAUGAACCUCUCUAAACUAGUGGAUGAGGAUGAGCCAUUGUUCCUCUCCCUCAUCAAUGAUCUCUUCCCUGGUAUUACACUAGAGAAGGCAGGCUACCCUGACCUUGAGGCCUCCAUUGAUAAUCGUGUGACUGAAGUGGGUCUUAUCAAUCAUCCCACAUGGACUCUUAAAUUGAUCCAGUUGUUUGAGACCCAGCGGGUCCGUCAUGGUAUGAUGGUCCUCGGUCCCAGUGGUGCUGGUAAGACCUGCUGCAUACACACACUCAUGAAAGCAAUGACCGACUGUGGUGAGCCUCACAGGGAGAUGAGGAUGAAUCCAAAAGCAAUAACUGCUCCUCAAAUGUUUGGACGUCUUGAUGUAGCCACUAACGACUGGACUGAUGGUAUAUUCUCCACUUUAUGGAGACGGACCCACAAGUCAAAGAAAGGAGAGCACAUAUGGUUAGUGCUUGAUGGACCGGUUGAUGCAAUAUGGAUAGAGAACCUCAACAGUGUACUGGACGAUAACAAGACCCUCACACUGGCUAAUGGUGACCGUAUACCAAUGGCUCCUGACUGUAAGAUUGUCUUUGAGCCACACAAUAUAGACAAUGCCUCCCCAGCCACUGUAUCUCGUAAUGGUAUGGUCUACAUGAGCUCCUCUGCUCUUGAUUGGAGGCCGAUACUGCAAGGAUGGCUCACCUCUAGAUCUGAGCUGGAGAGAACUGUCCUCUGGGAGCUGUUUGAUAAAUCAUUUGAACCAGUCCUGACCUACACCAGACUCAACCUUGAGGCUAAGAUGGACGUACUGGAGUGUAACUACAUCAAACAAGCGACUGAUCUGCUAGAGGGCCUAGUGCCACAGGAACAAGACCAGACAAUGUCUAAAGAAUAUUUAGAGAAGUUGUACAUAUUUGCAUUAAUGUGGAGUGUGGGGGCCCUACUGGAGCUUGAUGACAGAGCAAAGAUGGAGUCCUUCUUAGUAGAUCAGGGAACACUAGCACUGCCUCCAGUAAAGGACAAUGAGACCAUAUUUGAGUACCUGGUGGAUGAGACUGGCCAGUGGCAGCACUGGUCCUGCAGGGUAGAGGAGUACAACUAUCCAUCGGAUCAUGUUCCAGAGUAUGCUUCAAUCCUAGUCCCUAAUGUUGAUAACGUGAGGACCACAUUCCUAGUGGAUACCAUAGCCAAACAGAAUAAAGCAAUACUACUCAUUGGGGAACAGGGAACAGCUAAGACUGUAAUGGUACAAGGAUAUGCUACCAGAUAUGAUCCUGAGCAGCACCUCUUUAAAUCAUUUAACUUCUCUAGUGCCUCUACUCCUGCUCUGUUCCAAAGGACAAUAGAGAGUUAUGUUGAUAAGAGGGUUGGUAAUACUUAUGGUCCUCCUGCUGGUCGUAAGAUGACAGUCUUUGUUGAUGAUAUCAACAUGCCAGUGAUCAAUGAGUGGGGAGACCAGGUUACUAAUGAGAUAGUGAGACAGUUGAUGGAAAUGAAAGGAUUCUACAGUCUAGAGAAACCAGGAGACUUCACUCAUAUUGUUGAUAUUCAGCUAAUGGCAGCCAUGAUUCAUCCUGGAGGAGGUAGAAAUGACAUACCAGAGAGACUCAAGAGGCAGUUCACCAUAUACAACUGUACACUGCCUUCUAAUGCUUCAAUUGAUAAGAUAUUUGGAGUCAUUGGGUCAGGAUAUUUCUGCACUGACAGAGACUUCACUUCUGAAGUACAGUCCAUUGUUCAGAAACUAGUCCCCUGUACCAGAGUACUCUGGCAAAAGACAAAGAUUAAAAUGCUACCUACACCAGCAAAGUUUCAUUAUAUAUUCAAUUUACGUGAUUUGUCAAGGAUAUGGGAGGGGAUGCUACUGGUCUGUGCCCCUGAGUGUGACACUCUUGAUAAGAUCAUCAGCUUAUGGUGUCAUGAGUGCUCCAGAGUCAUUGCUGAUAGGUUCACUAAUGAACAAGACUGUCAAUGGUUUGAAGAUACAAUGGAGAAGGUCCUCAUUGAUGAGUUGGGUUCUGGUACUGUGUUUCCGGAGAGACCUUUCUUUGUUGAUUUCUUGAGAGAUGCUCCUGAAGCUACUGGAGAUGAGCCUGAUGAUGCUGACCUGGAGGCACCUAAAGUCUAUGAAAAGGUUCCUUCAUUUGAGUUCUUAUCAGACAAGUUGUCCUAUUACAUGCAGCAGUAUAAUGACACUGUUAGGGGUGGCUCCAUGGAUAUGGUGUUCUUCAAUGAUGCAAUGAUUCACCUGGUGAAGAUAUCAAGGAUAAUAAGGACUGACAGAGGUAAUGCUCUCCUGGUUGGAGUAGGAGGAUCCGGUAAACAAUCAUUAACAAGACUAGCUUCAUUCAUUGCUGGCUACAAGACCUUUCAAAUAACACUCAGUCGUUCUUAUAAUGCCAACAACCUAAUGGAGGACCUCAAGUACCUCUACCGUACUGCUGGUCUCCAAGGGAAGGGUAUUACAUUUAUAUUCACUGAUAAUGAAGUGAAGGAGGAAGGAUUCCUGGAGUAUCUCAAUAAUGUCCUCUCGUCUGGUGAAGUGUCUAAUCUCUUUGCUAGAGAUGAACUGGAUGAGAUCACUGGUGAGCUGAUACCAAUAAUGAAGAGACAGUACCCCAAGAGACCGCCCACACAAGAGAACCUUUAUGAGUACUUUAUAUCAAGAGCAAGGAGGAACCUUCAUGUGGUCCUGUGCUUCUCACCUGUUGGUGAGAAGUUUCGUAAUCGUGCCUUGAAGUUCCCCGGGUUGAUCAGUGGCUGUACAAUGGACUGGUUCAGUCGAUGGCCUAAAGAUGCCCUCAUAGCAGUGGCCCAUCACUUCCUCAAUGCUUAUGAUAUUGUGUGUACCGAGACUGUCAAGAAACAAGUAGUGCAAGCUAUGGGAGAGUUCCAGGACUUUGUGGCUGAGAAUUGUGUUGGGUAUUUUGAUCGUUUCCGUCGUUCGGUCCACGUGACUCCUAAAUCAUACCUGUCCUUCAUAUCCAGUUACAAGACAGUUUAUAAAGAGAAGAAGUCACAGAUUGGAGAGCUGGCUGACCGAAUGAACACUGGUCUUGAUAAACUAGUGGAAGCCAGUGAGUCCAUUGCUCAGCUUUCAAAGGAUCUUGUAGUGAAGGAGAAGGAGCUGGCCAUAGCAUCAGAGAAAGCUGGUAAGGUACUGAUUGAAGUAACAGCAAAGGCUCAGGCUGCAGAGAAAGUGAAGGCAUCAGUUCAGACUGUGAAAGAUAAGGCACAAGCUCUAGUGGAUGAUAUUAAUGCUGAUAAAGAGAUUGCUGAAGAAAAGUUAGAAGCUGCUCGUCCUGCACUAGAAGAAGCCGAGUCAGCACUUCAGACGAUAAAAGCUGCCGACAUAUCAACAGUUAGGAAACUAGCCAAACCACCUCACCUUAUCAUGAGGAUAAUGGACUGUGUACUGAUACUCUUCCAAAGGAGACUGGACCUAAUGCAGCAGGACCCUGAGAAACCAGGGCCCAAACCAUCAUGGGGAGAAUCACUUAAAUUGAUGAGUCAGCAAGGUUUUAUGACAGGUUUACAAACCUUCCCCAAGGACUCCAUCAAUGAAGAGACUGUUGAACUAUUAGCUCCAUACCUUGACAUGGAGGACUAUACACUGGAAACUGCUAAGAAAGUGUGCGGUAACGUAGCAGGACUACUCUCCUGGACAAGAGCAAUGUCUGUAUUCUAUGGCAUCAAUAAGGAGGUGCUUCCACUGAAAGCUAAUCUUGUAGUGCAGGAAGGAAGACUGGCCAUUGCUAACCAGGACCUGGCCAAGGCUCAGGCUCAACUGGAUGAGAAACAACGUGAGCUGGAUGAAGUACAGGCCCAAUAUGACACAGCAAUGAGAGAGAAACAAGCUCUCAUUGAUGAUGCUGAAGCCUGCAGGAAGAGAAUGACUGCAGCUACUGCACUGAUUGAUGGACUGGCUGGGGAAAAGGACAGAUGGACACUGCAAAGUAAAGAGUUCCAGGAACAGAUUGGAAGACUAGUAGGAGAUGUACUCCUGGCCACUGGGUUCCUCUCUUACUCAGGACCUUUCAAUCAAGAGUAUCGUAACAUACUGAUGAGCGGCUGGGAGAAGGAACUGAGUAAAAGAAGCAUUCCUUACUCACAGGACCUGAACAUCACUGGGAUGCUAGUGGAUAAUGCCACCAUUGGAGAAUGGAACCUUGAAGGACUACCAAACGAUGAGCUAUCAAUACAGAAUGGACUCAUUGCAACCAAAGCUACAAGAUACCCGCUACUGGUUGAUCCACAAGGACAAGGAAAGACUUGGAUUAAGAACAGAGAGAAAGAGAACGGACUCCAAGUGACGACACUGAACAACAAGUACUUUAGGACUCACCUUGAGGACUCACUCUCUCUUGGUAAGCCACUACUGAUAGAGGACAGUGGGGAGGAACUGGACCCAGCACUGGAUAAUGUACUGGAGAAGAACUUUAUAAAGUCAGGAUCAACUUAUAAAGUGAAAGUUGGGGAUAAGGAGGUUGAUGUAAUGAAUGGAUUUAAACUGUAUGUAACUACCAAACUAGCCAACCCUUCAUACACUCCUGAAAUCAGUGCUCGUACUGCUAUCAUUGAUUUCACUGUUACAAUGAAAGGACUUGAGGAUCAGUUACUGGGGCGUGUUAUUCUAACAGAGAAACAAGAACUGGAGGCCGAGAGAGUUAAACUGAUGGAGGAGGUCACUGCUAACAAGAGGAAAGUAAAGGAACUGGAGGAUAAUUUACUGUAUCGAUUAACAUCAACAAAGGGGUCUCUGGUUGAUGAUGAGACAUUGAUUGAUGUGUUGAAGAUUACCAAACAGACAGCACUUGAAGUGAAUGAGAAGCUUGAGAUAGCAGCAGAGACUGAGAUAAAGAUCAACACAGCAAGAGAAGAGUACAGACCAGUGGCUGCCAGAGGCUCCAUACUCUACUUCCUUAUUGUUGAAAUGUCUGUAGUUAAUGUCAUGUACCAAACAUCACUGAGACAGUUCCUCGGUGUGUUCGACCUAUCAAUGGAAAGGUCAGAGAAGUCUCCGUUUGCUAGCAAGCGUAUUCAAAAUAUCAUUGAAUAUUUAACCUUCAUGGUGUUCAAGUACACCUGCAGGGGACUCUAUGAGAAUCAUAAGUUCCUGUUCACACUAUUACUGCCAUUGAAGAUCAGCCUACAGUCCGGAGCACUCAAACACAAUGAACUACAGACAUUUAUUAAAGGUGGUGCAGCUCUUGAUCUAAAGGCUUGUCCUCCUAAACCAGCUAAAUGGAUAAUGGACAUGAUUUGGCUCAAUCUUGUGUCUCUCAGUAAACUGCCUCAAUUCUCUCAAAUACUGGAUCAAGUAUCAAGGAAUGACAGAGCCUGGAAGGUUUGGUUUGAUAAGGAGGCACCAGAGGAAGCUCAGAUACCAGGAGGAUACAACAUGGCACUGGACUCAUUCAGGAAACUCUUAUUGAUAAGGAACUGGUGCCCUGACAGGACAUUAGCUCAAGCCCGUAAGUACAUCAGUGAGUCAAUGGGAGAGAAGUAUGCUGAAGGAGUCAUACUGGAUCUUGAAGCAACUUGGGAAGAGUCUAAUCCAAGAGUUCCUCUUAUCUGCUUCCUGUCAAUGGGAUCAGACCCUACAACCAACAUUGAGGGACUGGCUAAGAAGCUUAAACUAGAGUGCAGAGCUAUAUCAAUGGGACAAGGACAGGAAGUACAUGCAAGGAGACUGCUACAGCAAUGCAUCACUGCAGGUGGAUGGGUAUUGCUACAAAACUGUCAUCUUGGAUUGGAUUUCAUGGAUGAGCUACUGAACACUAUUCUUGAGGCAGAGUCUAUUCAUGAUUCAUGUAGAGUAUGGAUCACUACUGAAGUACAUCCUAAAUUCCCAAUAUCACUGCUCCAGACCAGUAUAAAGUUUACUAAUGAACCUCCUCAAGGAGUUAAAGCUGGGCUCAAGAGGACCUAUGCUGGUAUCAGUCAGGAACAGCUUGACAUCAGUAACCUCCCCCAGUGGAAGCCAGUCCUGUAUGCAGUGGCCUUCCUCCACACUACAGUACAGGAGAGGAGGAAGUAUGGGCCACUGGGCUGGAAUAUACCCUAUGAGUUCAAUCAAGCUGACUUCUCUGCUAGUGUACAAUUCAUACAGAACCACCUUGAUGACAUUGAUCCUAAGAAGGGUAUUUGUUGGAAUACUGUCCGGUACAUGUUAGGUGAGGUUCAAUAUGGUGGGCGUGUCACUGAUGAUUAUGAUAAGAGACUAUUAAACACUUAUGCUAAAGUAUGGUUUGGUGACCACAUGUUCAGUGAUACAUUUUCAUUCUACAAAGGAUACAGCAUCCCUCAGUGUAGAACUGUUGAUCAGUUCAAGGAGGCCAUUGAACAACUACCACUAGUAGACUCACCUGAAGCAUUUGGACUCCACCCUAAUGCUGACAUAACGUACCAGAGCAACAUGGCUAAAGAGAUACUGGAUACAAUAAUGAGCAUCCAACCAAAGGACAGCAGUGGAGGAGGAGGAGAGACCAGAGAGUCAGUAGUGGGUAGACAGGCGAGUGACAUGUUAGAGAAACUACCUCCAGACUACAUACCUCAUGAAGUGAAGAGCAGGCUAGUUAAGAUGGGAGCAAUGUCUUCAAUGAAUAUAUUCCUGAGACAAGAGAUUGACAGAAUGCAGCGAGUGAUAUCACUAGUAAGGACAACACUGGUGGACUUACAACUGGCUAUUGAAGGAACCAUCAUCAUGAGUGAAGGACUGAGAGAUGCACUGGAUUGCAUGUUUGAUGCUAAAGUACCUGAUGUAUGGCGGAAGGUUUCAUGGGAAUCAUCAACUCUUGGCUUCUGGUUCACUGAACUCCUGGAGAGAAACGGACAGUUCUCUUCAUGGAUAUUCACAUCACGUCCCAACGUGUUCUGGAUGACCGGGUUCUUCAAUCCUCAAGGAUUCCUCACAGCAAUGAGACAAGAGGUGACAAGGGCUCAUAAAGGCUGGGCACUGGAUACAGUAGUAUUGGAGAAUGAUGUCACUAAAAUGUUGAAAGAGGAUGUGAACUGUCCACCAAAUGAAGGAGUCUAUGUACACGGACUGUUCCUUGAUGGAGCUGGCUGGGACAGAAGAGGCUGCAGACUAACUGAACCAUCAGCUAAAGUGCUGUUCACAUCUCUACCAGUGAUACACCUGUAUGCUGUUAAUAUUGGGGACCAGAUCCGUGAUCCUAGGAACUACUUCUGUCCAGUGUACAAGAAGCCACGAAGGACUGACCUGACCUACAUCACUGCAGUUAAACUGAGGACACCAUCAGCUCCUGUACAUGCAGCCAACCCUGACUACUGGAUACUCAGAGGAGUAGCUUUACUCUGUGACAUUAAGUAGAGAACAAUAGAACAACUAUAUAUAACUGAACUGUAGCUGUAGGAGCUAGUAGUUAUUAACUCUAGUUAUUAACAUUAGUUAUUAGUUUGUAGUUAUUAACAGUGGUUAUUAAAUACUA